GAUUGAGUCGUCUUGAGUUUCAGAGUAAUUCGGAAAAGCAAGACCGAAAACGGACGGAGAUUCGCUGCAGGCGAGAUGCCGUCCUGCGCGGACGAUUACGAAAUCUUGCACGCAAUAGGCUCCGGAUCUUUUGGGCAAUGUCAAAAAAUACGGAGGAAGAGCGAUGGAAAGAUUUUAGUAUGGAAAGUGCUGGACUAUGGGGCCAUGGCAGAGGCAGAAAAACAGAUGUUGGUGUCGGAGGUGAACCUUCUGCGGGAGCUAAAGCACCCCAACAUUGUGCGGUACUAUGACCGUAUCGUGGACCGCACCAACAAGACCCUGUACAUCAUCAUGGAGCACUGCGAGGGGGGUGACCUAUCCACCAUCAUCUCCAAGUGCAUCAAGGAAAGGCGUUACCUGGAGGAGGAUUUCAUCUUGCGGGUUCUCACGCAGCUCAGCCUGGCACUGAAAGAGUGUCACCGCAGGGGCAGCGACAUGCGCACGGUGCUGCACCGGGACCUGAAGCCUGCCAACAUCUUUCUAGAUGUCAAGAAAAAUGUCAAGCUUGGUGACUUUGGUCUGGCCAGAAUCCUCAACCACGACACUAGUUUCGCCAAAACGUUUGUGGGGACGCCGUACUACAUGUCUCCGGAACAAAUUAACCGGCUUUCAUAUGACGAGAAGUCGGACAUCUGGUCUCUGGGCUGCUUGGUGUAUGAGCUCUGUGCCCUGUCACCUCCGUUCACAGCCUACAACCAGAAAGAGCUGGCGGAGAAAAUCUGUGUGGGGAAGUUCAGACGGAUUCCAUAUGUGUAUUCCAGUGAGCUGAACACUCUCCUGUCCAGAAUGCUUCACCUGAAGGACUACAUGAGGCCCUCUGUAGAGUCCAUCCUCCAGAGUGACCUGAUUGCCCAUAUGGUGGCGGAGGAGGAGAGGAGGAUCCAGGUGAAGCGGCAGCGGAGGCCCUCCCAGACAGAGCGGGAGAAGCCCUCGGACUGUCCGUCGCUCGUUCAGCUGAAGUUGAAAGAGCAACAGCUGCAGGAGCGUGAGAAGGCCCUGAAGGAGCGUGAGGAGAGGCUGGAGAAACGAGAGCAAGAACUUCUCGCUGAGCAAAGACUGUUUGAAGAGAAGCUUGCAAGAGCCCAUUCGCUGCUGAAGAACUACAGAGUGGGGAAGGUGCAGGAGGCCCCGGUAUCACCGGUUUCGAGUGAAAUAGAUGAGUUUGCGGAGAACCGUGCGCCAGGGAAGGUCAGCUUUGCUAAGGGCUUCGGAGACCUGCAAUCUCAUGCCUUGAGUGAAAUAAAGGGGAGCUACCAACUGAAAAGCCUCCAGAUCCUGGGAUUUCGCUAACCAGAGAGCCGCUCUGGCCGCAUGGACAUCAGGUGUCUGAGAGAUGUGAAGACCAACUUGUGUAAAAUGACAGGUCACAUCUGGGAAUGUGAAAAGCCUAAUAU